GUCAAGUUUCGUAGAAAGCCAUAAACAUUAUCUGUCAAAAAUAUUCAUACGGUUUUGGGGAUUAAUAUUAACAAUAAAAACACUAAUCUCUGCAAUAUGGUUCACGUUUCUCUAUUAUUCUUUCAGCGAAUUUGAAAUGCAAAAGAGCAUUAGUUUAGAAAAGUUAAAUGGUACAGAAGUAAUAUUGAAUGCAAGGAAUAAUACAUUUAAAUGCAACUGUCCAGAUAAUACCAUCGUAUCUCCGAAGAGAAAAUUUAGACGUUUUGGUAAAAUCUUCGAGCGUUAUUGCAUAACUAUUAAGCCUAAAUUGUAUAGAAGCAACUCAUUGUCUGAGUUGACGACAAAUACCAGUGAUUUCACAUUAGACUUCUUCAAGCAUACCAGUAAUAUUCUGACCAAAGAUUUAGUAAAAAAUUCUGUAUGUUGUGGAGAUUCUGUUAAUAAAUAUUGCACAAAAACUGAUACGCCAUACAUGUCUUGGAACUUAAAAGGAAAGAAAACUAAAAGGAAAAACGCAAUGUCGCCCGAAACAUAUGCGUCGAAAUUUACUGCAGACUACGUCCACAAUAAUCAAAAAGAAGAAGAGAGCACAGACGUGAAUUUAUCAUCUGGUGUCGAUAGUUCCAGCACGUGCAGUAUCGACCAAGUUAGCUAUCAAAAAGUAGCUGCAUUCCCUUUUAAAUCAACGCCAAGCGGUAACCUAAAAGUACAGUCAAAUCAGGUGGUAUUUCAAUCUUCAACAGUGGGUGUUCUUUUGGCAGAUCCUACGCAAGCAAAGGUCAAAGUAAAAUUUGAAGGAAAAACCUCCAAUGAAAUUAAUUAUAACGACGAUGAAAUCGAUUCUGAACUUCAAUUGCAAUACGGCCCUAGAGAAACUACGAAUGCAAAUUUACAAACAAAGAACAAUAAACAUAAAACUGUCAAGAAAGAAAGAGAAACUAUACAAGAUAGUGGGAAAGAAUUGAGAAGCCUCGGAUACACGGUACCCGAACCUAUAGACUGGAUGCGAAUACAGCUGCCCAAAAAACAGGAUUUGUUCCAAGAGUUCUACCGUAGAAUUCAUAAUCACGUUAACACAGAUACAAUUAUUCAUAUUGGCGACGAAGAAAUCCAUUGUCAUCGUAUAGUACUCCAGAUAUAUUCUACUUUCUUCGACGUGAAUCCUCAUAAUGAGAUAGAGUUACCUAUAUCGAGUGUUACUCCAGAAGCGUUCCAAACUAUCUACAAUUGGAUGAUCUUUAGUGGACCAGAGAACAAUAAGUUAUUGAAGAGAGACAAUAUAUUAGAUAUAUUUUGUGCAGCACAAUAUCUUCAUAUAAAAGAUUUAGAAGAACAGUGCUGGUCGUUUAUAGUAAACGAAAAUCUUUUUUCUGAAGAUAGUGCAUUUGCUUUAUUUCUAGAAGCGAGAGAAAAGGGAAUAACGCCUGUUAUAGAAUUAAUGAUUCCGCGUGUGAUGAAAUUCUUUUUACCUCUAGUGGCGUCUAAAGAUUUUCUUGAACUUGAUGCUGAAGAAGUUAUGACUAUUCUUAAGUCUAACUACAUUUGUGUUACCAGUGAAAUAGAAGUUUUAAUGGCGGGUGUGCGAUGGUUGUACGCGGACUGGCCACCCCGCAGCCGGUACGUAGUAGAGGUGAUGCGUUGUGUAAAGUUUGGCCUAAUCUCACCUUGGCAACUAGUUGACAUAAAACGGAACCCGGACAAUGCUGAGAUACUCGAGAUUGUCAACAAACCAGAAGUGCAGCAGAUGGUAGACGAUGGUCUGGCUUACGUAAUAAUUAAAUAUUGGUACGGCAACAACUCAAAGAAUUAUUACCACUGGAUAGAUGUUCUUGGUCUAAGCGAGCCUGCUGAAAGAAACUGGAUAGGAGAGGAAAAGAACCACGUGACGUAUAAAGAUUUCUUAGAAUAUCUGGAGCAAUUCAUGGUACCAAAGGACCAGAUGUACCAACAAAUGGCAAUGAUGCAACCACCAAGGAGGAAUGAUGAUGUACCUGGUAAUUUACGAGGCAUAGCCAAUGAUAAUAUGGAAGCGAAAAGACGCAACAUGGACUUUCCUCUGCCAACGACAUUAAAAGGACUUAGUGGUGACAAGGAAAAAUUUUCAACCAUGAGCGAUUUCCUAGAUAACAAAAGAAAGGGUAUCGAAGGCUACAAAUCUCCAUCUCCAGCUCGGUCACCAGUGCACGAUAUGGAGGUGCCAUUGGUGAUGCCUGUAUUAACUGAGCGUAAACGAAUUUCUGGAAUUGAAAAACAACAAAAUUUAUUAGAGGAGCAACGGAGACAAGAAAGAAAACAGAUGCAAAAUACAGAAAGAAAUAAGCAAAUACAACAGAUUCAUAUGUGCACGAUUCACCAGGCCACUAAUGACGGCAAACAUAAUCAAAUAUUCGAACUACCCGAGAAAGACUCCACAGAAGAACUGAAUACGAGCAACAGUGAGAGUGACACUCUUAAUGCUGAAACAAGUAACACAGACAAAAAUCAGUAUUUCGCAAAACAGGGUGAGAAGAGACACAAUGAGAAGAGACAUAGUGUGGCGGCGAGCUAUUUAGCAGCAGCUACUGCCGCCUUGUCCUCUUCUAGAAGGAACUCAGGAAUUCCUUCGUCUCCCACGGCACGUUCUCAGACCGCGGCCAAUGUCUCACGGCCAGAAGCUCCUCGGCCAUCAGUACCAGUGUCCCAGAAUAACUUUUUCAGUCCUCAGUUAUCACUCUUCAAUCAAUCCAAAGAAUCACUAGCUAGGAAUAACAUGAACAAACUGUCAACGUCCAUUCUUGGGCCGUCUAACAAGAACUACAUCACAGAAGGAUCCCUGUUCAACUGGGAUAGGGAGACAGUUUUAGUGUUUGGUGGUAUUGAUCCUCACAAUGCAUACGGAGCUGGUCGGAACACUGGAAAAAGCAUUUAUAGGUACGAUCCUGUACUAAAUGUAUGGGACUAUGUCGGAGAUUUACCAGAACCAAGACAUCACCAUUCGAUUGCCUUUUUACGUGGCAGAAUUUAUCUAGUUGGAGGCGCUGAUCCUCGUGACGAUGAUAUCCGCGGCAAAUCUGUCGUGGUAUCCACAGUAUGGAGUUACGAACCGGUCACCCGCUCAUGGUACAGCGAGUCGGGCCUCGCCAUACCCAGGAAGAACUUUGGUCUUGUUGUACAUCGCAUGGCGUUGUAUGCUAUCGGCGGACAGGACAAGAAGGGCAGGGUUCUUAGAUCAGUGGAGAGGUUUGACCCUAAAACAGGUUCGUGGAGUGAGGUCCGUUGUAUGAGUGUCGCCCGCAUGGCGGUUGCGUGCGUGAAGUACAGAGAGUACAUCUGGGUAGCGGGCGGCAUGACCGGCGAAAAGAAGAAACCCGUGUGCAAAAUUGUAGAAUGCUACAACUCUAAAACCAACGAAUGGACCGAAAUCCACAAUCUGCGCUUCCCGCGCUGUUUUGCUACUUUGUUCGCCAUGAAUGAUAAACUAUACAUUAUCGGCGGAGCUGGGAAAAAGUCUGAUAAGGACAAAACAGCAAGUAGUGUGGGUGCGAUCGACGUGUGGGACUGGAAGGACCGCGCGUGGAAGCACGAAACUGACAUGUCCAUUCCACGGCAUGGUCACGCCCUCGCAUACCUCGGCACGCAACUCAUAAUCCUUGGUGGUAUGACUACAAUAUACAUGCGUGCACUCAACAACGUGGAGUCAUUCUGCUGCGAGCGAGGGGCUUGGAUUCGAGGAGUCGCCACACUUCCAUCACCGCUAUCUGGGCACGGAGCUGUUACCCUUCCCCCUGCGUCCCUCAUGUAACCAAUCCUUCAUAUAAUAAUUUCUAGCCUAAAUUUGAACAUCAGUAUCAAAUAUUAUUCUUAGUUUAUUAACCAGUUAGUUGUUUUUACAUAUUUUUCUGUUUCUCUCAACCAAAUCUCAGAAGUGAACGUGAAACGUAAGCUUAAUUCUGUACUAUAGUAUAUAAACAAAAAACAAAUACUCCAUUCUCUUUAGCUAUCGUUCAGUACGGUUAACUGAACAAAUUUUUUUUUACAUAUGUACAUACAUACUGUCUGUCACACCUGUCUCCGCUCUGUAUUUUUUUUUUUUACUUGUUCAGUCUACUGAUUAGGAAUUAAUAGAUUAUUGUAUGUAUUUAUCUGAUUUAUUUAUUACAAAUUGUGACUUAAAAUCAAUAUAAUAUGCGCUAUAAUUCUAAGGGUGCAACACAAAUUUGUAUGACAAGUUGCAUUUAAAAAAUCUAAAAAAAAAUUAAACCACGAGCGAAGUAUUUGUAAUUGUUUUAGAUAAUUUUACUGGAUUAUUUAAAUUCUAAGGAAAAGGUCUAGAAAUAGAAAUUUUAGUGCUCUCAAAUCUCAAUGUUAUUGUGUUUUCGAUGUGUAUCGUAUUGUAAUAAAUUAAAUUGUAAUAAAAAUUGUA